AUGUUCAUUUGCGGUAGUGGAAGCUUCAGUCACCAAGAUCAUGGCAAGGACAAUAGCAACAAGAAUAAUCGGUUUUGCAAAAGGCGCACGAGCUUUUGCAAGAUAAUCGGCAAGGAUAAUAGCAACAAGAAUCGGUUUGCCGACCAAGGGCUCGACAAAUUCUACGCCCUCUUAUCCGACCUCGAAAGCAAGAAGCAAAAGAUCUACACGCAAAAGGGUGCCGAGGACAUUUCCUUUGUUCGCUUCGUCUACACUGGCGACUCGAAUCGGGCCAAGCCCAUCGUGGUCAAAGUCAACAAGGAGAAAAAACCCAACCGAAAAUCGAUUGAGCAAAAAAACACGUCGGGUAUUAUAAGUCAAGCCAUCAUCAAGUCAACAACACCGAUUAGUAGUCCGAAAGAGGAAGUAAAUGAUAAUGAUCAAAAGCCGCGAAAGAAGAGGAGAUGCCUUAGGUGCAAAGGGAUCAUGAGUUUCAAGAUGGAUAGCUUGAUAUGGCCUUGGUUCUAUUUACCGGUGAUUUUUUUGUUGGUUUUGGUGCUUUUGUCGAUUUACGGACGGUCGUUUGCGAUUCUGUGCACGUCGAUCGGGUGGUACGUGGUGCCGAGCAUGCACGGGUACAAAAGAUAUUCGGAUUCAUAUUUUAAUUUAGCCUUACAAGAGGCCAUUAUUGGUUCAACUCCACAUGAAUAA